AUGGAGCACCGCGACAAACGCCCACGUCUUGACGAGACUGAAGAUGUGGACUACAGUCCAGCAGGCAGUACCCCAGUUCCGGCAGCUUCCGUCCUUCCGAAAUCUGAUGCGGAUAUCACUACCACUACCGCUCAUGAUGCCGCUUCCGAGACAAACCGAGACACAUCCAUGCAGGCCAGUCCAGAUGCUACCGGGACGCCAGAUAAAGCUACAUGGCAAGGCUGGGCGGAGAUCGAGAAUGAUCCAAUCGUAUUCAAUGUCAUGCUACGAGAAUGGGGUGUCCGUGGCAUUCAGGUCAAUGAAGUCGUCCCGCUUGAUGCCGUCUUCGACUCUUCUCCGUCAUCCACUUUUGGCCUGAUCUUCCUGUCUCGUUACAGCACCAAUAACAAAGAGGAACAAGACAUUGCAAUCCCACAAGGCCUUUGGUUUGCCAAUCAGACUUCUACCUUCUCGUGUGCCACUGUAGCCCUCAUGAAUAUACUCAGCAACAUCGAGAACGUGAACCUUGGUCCGGAGAUGUCCCAAUUCUUCAUGGCUACCAGUGACAUGUCCUCCAAGGACAAAGGUCUGGCACUGCAUGCCUUCGAGCAUGUUAGAAAAGUUCACAACUCCUUUGCAACCCUCAUCGACAUGAAAUCCGUCGACCGCCGCCUCAAAGCAGACGCCAAAGUCUUCGCUCAAAAGCAAAAGCAGGCAGCCAAGAAGCCCGCCGUCGUCACCACCACCUCCUCCUCCAAAGCUAAGCCAUCCAAAAAAGGCAAGAAAGCGAAAACGAAGCGCUGCGUCCUCUCCGAAGAGUCCGACGCCGCCGUAGAUGAAGCAGACGAAUCCGGCUUCCACUUCACCGCCUACGUGCCCGCUCACAACCUCCUCUGGCGCAUGGACGGUCUGCAACGUCAACCAGAAAGUCUGGGAACACUGCCCUCAGACGACAGCAACUGGCUCGCCAUGGCUGUGGCGGAGCUCUCGGCGCAGUGGCAGAGCGCGGCGGAGAACAAUCUCGAGUUCUCGUUGCUGAGUCUGGUGGCGGCCCGGGAGGAUGAGGCGGGCAGGAUGGAGGAGAAUGUACAGGCGGAUCGGUUGAGGGAGGAUUGGGGCCCCGCGCUGGCGGAACUGGUUAGGGUAGUUGCGGAUUCGGGCUAG